UUUUUCCCGACUUCAUUUCUCAAAUCUCGAAUUCUCAAUUGCGCCGGACACUUCUCUGGUAGGGUUCGCGGCGGGCUAUCUUCUCCCUGAGAUUCGGGUGUUGGGCAAUUGGGUGUCGUUUCUGCUGCAAAAAAUCAAAAGGUUUCACUUUCCUCUUCGGGAAGAUUCGACGAUCUACUGCAUUUAAACUUUUCCUUUUGGGUUUCCACGAUAGAAAGUUAGGUCGAAGAAAGAUCGACUUUCGAUGCGAAUUCGUAGAUAUAUGCAGGUUCGGGUUUUAGUGUUUCGAUUUACAUGCUAGGGUUUGAUCAUUGCGUGAAAAGGUCCAGGAGAAAAAAGAAGAAAAAUAUUGUCUGAGGAGUUCGCUUAAUUUGAUGAAAUCAUGGCUAAAUGUGAGUCCAAUCUCUCUCAGAACAAACGCUCCUUGUCGUCCAUAUACGUUCCGUCGCUAGAUUCGUGCUCCAAGUCCAUCAACGAGACGGUGAAUGGUUCGCAUCAAUUCACAAUAAAGGGAUACUCUCUUGCGAAGGGGAUGGGUGCAGGGAAAUACAUAUCAAGUGAUAUGUUCACCGUCGGAGGGCAUCAAUGGGCAAUAUACUUCUAUCCCGACGGCAAAAAUCCAGAGGAUAGUUCCAUGUACGUGUCUGUGUUUAUUGCAUUGGCAAGUGAAGCUACGGACGUCAGGGCGUUGUUUGAGUUGACUUUGUUGGACCAGAGUGGGAAGGGGAAGCACAAAGUUCAUAGUCACUUCGACCGCUCACUCGAAAGUGGUCCUUAUACUCUCAAGUACAGAGGGAGUAUGUGGGGUUACAAGCGUUUCUUUAGAAGAACAACCCUAGAAACCUCUGAUUAUCUGAAAGAUGAUUGCCUUGCCAUGAAUUGCACAGUGGGAGUUGUCAGAAACCGUAUUGAGGGACCCAAGGAUUAUAAUAUUCCAAUGCCACCAUCAGAUAUGGGUCAGAACCUCAAAGAACUUCUAGCAUCUGGCAUUGGUUCUGAUAUAACAUUUGAAGUUGGUGAAGAGACAUUUAAAGCCCAUAAAUUGGUACUAGCUGCUCGCUCUCCGGUUUUUCGAGCUCAAUUCUUUGGACUGAUUGGGAACCCAAACAUGGAUAAAGUAGUGGUAGAGGAUGUUGAACCCUCAAUUUUCAAGGCCAUGCUUCAAUUUAUGUAUUCAGAUGAGCUUCCUGAUGUACGUGAACUCACAGGUUCAAUUUCUAUGUGCACAUCAACAAUUAUGGUGCAGCAUCUGUUAGCUGCAGCAGAUAGAUUUGGUUUGGAACGACUUAAGCUAUUAUGUGAAGCCAAGUUGUGUGAAGAAAUUACCGUGGACACAGUGGCAACAACACUGGCCCUGGCAGAGCAACAUCAAUGCUCACAGCUGAAGAACAUCUGUCUGAUGUUUGCUGCAGGAAAUUUGGGAGGGGUCAUGCAGUCGGAAGGGUAUGGAUACUUGGAAGAGAGCUGCCCCUCACUGCUUUCUGAGCUAUUGGCAACAAUUGCAGUUGGGGACAAGGACUCAAGCUUGCUGUUGAGCAGGAAGAGGGGUGGUGGCACCAACACAGGGACCAGUUUGGCAGCAGAAGCAACCGUUGCAGUGAUUGAUCCUGACAACAGGCGCAUGCGGAGGAGGCUCUAGUUGUCUCAAGAGUCAAAGAUGCUUGCAGGAACAUAGCCCUUGUAAGGGCUGGGCUGGUGGUGUUAUGGUCAUUCACUAUGUUCCUGUGUGUUGAGGAAAGUGAAAUCUUCUCUUGAGCUUUGAAGCAGUAGUCCUGUCAGCACCUUUCAUUUGUGUUAUGAUUCUCAUUCUUAAAGAAAGGAGUUGAUGUGGUACUCAAUUUU